AUGGAGAAAAUCAAGCACAACCAAUUCAUCUUCCUCGAUCAGUCACAGGGAGGCAUUUUCAAGAUUCCAUUCUGGGGUACAGACGGCACCAAGACUUACUCCAUCGGAACGGCCAACUGCUGGAAUUGCGUCUGCGUGUAUGUUCCGCUCGAUGAAGAGUUUUGCUUCGCUGCUCAUAUCGACGCCUGGUCAUGCGGCCCUGUCGAUGACAACAGCGACAUAGUCCCACCAAAGGGCAGCGAGGAGRGCCUGAAGAACCGCGUGAAGGAAAUGCUGAGGGAGGAGGUACGUCCGUUCAUGCCAAAUAAGGAGCUUGACGUGAAAUGGAACAAACGGUCAAUCAUACUCAAUAUGCGCCCAACUGUCGCUUAUUAUGGAGUCAAAACCUGCGGCACUGGAUUCUACAUUGCAGAAGCUAUCAUCGAGUUCUUUGGUCUUCUCGGCAACGAUGAGGACCAGCAUGCCACGGGAUUUGUGGUAAACCAUGUUAGCCAGCAUACGGAAUACUUCAGGUGGGGCAAAAAUGGAGUAGCUCCUACAGCCGAUGACUUCGACAGAUGGGAUGAGUACAAGCGAACCAGAGGAGAAAUAUCGAAUGAGAGCACCAUGGAGUCUAAAAACAGAGAGCAACCUUGUCAUUCCAGGAAGUUGUUCAGCGCGAGAGGCAAGGACUGGCGCUUCGGAUGCCACAAGGGCAGGUGGUUCUCGAAAGCGGAAAUGCUUGCCUACGGAUAUUGGAAGAGAAGUAUGUGGAACUCAUAG